UAGGCACCAUGUCUGGCUCUACCAUCCUGCUGCCUCUGUUACUGCUGCUCUCUGGAUCCUCAGCCUCCCACUUCCACGGAGGGACCAUGACCUUUAACCCCAAAGGAGUCAACGCAGAUGAAUCCUACACAGUGGACAUUCGCUUCAAGCUGGCCAUUAACCCAGAGUGUCCCAAUUCAGCCUGGGCUGACAGCUGGACAUGUCAGAGUGGAAAUUGUGGCAGUAUUAGCAGCAAUGCUCUGUAUAACCUGGACAGUAGCAGUGGAGACUGGUGCCAGUGGGAAGAAGUCAUGAUUAGAAAUGUUGACACCAACCUACCUUUUAUACUUGAACUGUCUGGUGGUAACUGGAUCACCACCUAUGUUGGGGAUAUAGCAUGGAGACUACGAACUACGGUGGAUCUGGGAGUGAGGUCUGACACAGGGACAGCCAACAGAUCCCCACAGACCACAGUCAUACCCCUUCUGCUUGUUCCAAACACGUACGCGGUGCAGCUUAUGAUGGAGGACUUCCCCACUGCGUCUAUAACCCUGACCUACAAGGAUGGCUCGCUGUCCAACCGGAGUUCCUCCAGCCCUCUCAGCAAGUUGCCCGUACAGUUUGCAGUCAGAGUUGGGGCUGCAGUGCCCUCCUGUGCUGAGGGGGAAUAUCUCCCCAGGUUCCUGUCCCCGACGCCGGCCUACGGAACCCACCUCUACGUCGCUGUCAACAACACACUGGAGAUCUCAGUCAGGGCUGAGGCCCUUUAUUCUAAGUGA